GUAGUCAUUGUGCAUCCAGCUUUAGCGUUUGUGACGUUACACCGACUUUGCACUACCACACAUAUAAAAAUCCUCUGAUUGAUUGCGCCCAAAAUAAUGGCGAUGCACAAACGGAUCGGCGCAAACCACAAAAAAGGGUUGAGUGAACAUACUGAUUAUACUGUGCGUGCGGGCGUACAGCAUAUGUAUGUGUAUAUAAAUAUGUGUAUGUGUACGCCUGUGUUCGCGCAUGUGUCAGAAUGAGAAACACUGUAGAGACACAAAACCAGUUUUAUAAUAAAAAAGAAGAUCAUAUUUAAGAGUAAGACACUUACAGGGGUGUUGUAGCUGUUACCAUGGAUAUGCUUCAGCUAGAUAUAAACCAAUGCGAUGAUAAAUUUUAUCAACCAAACGCAUUCAAGGAUACGCACAAGUGUGACAGAAAGACAUCAUAUUGCGUACCUAUUCUUGGAAGAGGAUUUGAGACAGGUGGAUACAAAUGUGAAUGCAAGCAAGGGUUUGAAUAUCCAUUUGAGGAUUUAAUUACAUAUUAUGACGGACAAUUAGUGGAAGCUGAAUUUAAUAAUAUUGUUAAUGACAAAGAAACAAGAUACGAUAUGUUCAAAUGUCGAUUGGCUGGUGCUUCAUCGAUUCAAGUCAGUUGGGUACUACUGUUAUCAGUUCUGAUGAUAAUCUUUCCAGUGCAAAGAAGAUGAAUAUAAAAUAUUCUCACAAGGAAAUCCACGGGAGUGUCUCUCUUCGAUUUUGAUAAGUUUUUAGUAUGUUAUUCUCUAAAUGAAAAUAAGGGACAUGUAUUUUUUUAUACGUGUCUAUAUGUUCAUACACGUGAUUAAAGGGUGAUACCUUUGAAAAAAAUCGGUUUUUCUCUUUUGCGCCGAAUAUUCAAAACUAUCAAUUUUUUUUAAACAAAAGUUGAAUGAUUUGAAGAGUAUUUUAAAACAAUGACAAAAAAUUUUUAAAUUUUUAUUAAUAAAAAGGACCUAGCCAGUUUUCUUAUGGCGGGAUGCCCCUAGCGAUAUCGGGCUGAUUUUCAAACAAAGUACCUCAUGACCCGCUACUAAAUUACUGUUAGUACCAGCUUCUAGAACAACGUGGUUCCGGAGUUAUAACGUCAAAUUAAAAAAUCAAUAAGCUUUUUUCUCCGGAACGAGAAAAGCUAGGAUCUUGAAAAAAAAUAUGGAUAGAAGGAUACCUUAGGAAGAUUCAAACAAGUAUGGUUAAAUUUAAUUCCGACAUCUAUAGGGUAAACAAAAAAAAUAUUUUAAUUUUCAAAAUGAUAUUUUUUUAAACAUGCUGUGAACUACGUUCUAGAAGCUGGUAUGAACGGUAAUUUAGUGUUGGGUCAUGAGGUACUUUAUAUGUAAAAAUUAGCCCGAUAUCACUGGGGGCAUCCCGCCAUAAAAAAACUGGCCAAGCCUUUUAAAAAAUUAAAAAAUUAAAAUAAAAUUUUUAUUUUGUUAUUAUUUUAAAAUGCUCUUC